AUAUACUAACAUAUAUACUAGUAUAUACUAAUAUUAUACUAACGAUUUAGAUGAAAAGGUAAAUGAAAGUCAACAAAUCAAUGAAGAAGUAUCAGGUAUCCUACAUCCAUGUUUAGCGUGUAGUAAGGUAAUUUUCCUACAGGAGCCCAUCGUUGUGUAUAAUGUACCAAGCCAGUUCAUUUAUUUGGCUGUUCGGUAAAAAAUAUAGAUAGUGAUAAGGGAUAUGGUGAGACACGGAUUUGUUUGACCUGUGUAGAAUGUAAUACAGAAACAAAUGCAGAAGAACAAUGGCAAAAGAAAAGAAAGUCAACAGCAUUUAAAAAUAGUCGAUCUAAAAAAUCUUACCUUAAUCCACAGGCAGGAUUUGAGAAACUCGAUCUCAACAAAAAAGGAUCAGAAAAACAAAUUGUAUUUUUAAAAAAUGGAAAUACUUUUAACAACAAGCCUCAAACAGUAAAAAACAUAGGAAAGUUAUAUUAAGAAAUACUUGUUCUGUUGAUUCUAUAUUAACAUCUUUGGCCUAUGCAGCUGCAGACAAUAGUAACUAUCUCUCAUUCUUGAUAAAACAUGAAACAUCUGACAAAACAGCAAAAUUUAUAACUAGAAUUUUAAGUACAAAAAAUUUAAAAAAAACUAAUUUGUAUACAAAACGAAUAGAAUAAUUGGCACUGCAUUACCCAUAUAAUGAUAAAGAACAUACUCUAGUAGGUAAUAUACAACUAAUUGAUGUUAUGGGGACAUUAACAUCUACAGCAACUAAACUAUUCAAUAAAUUGCCAUCAUAUACAAAAUUGAAUGUUUGCAAAAAUAUGUUAUGUCCUAAUUAUAUGAUUGUACAAAAAUACCCAGUCCUUUCGUUAUGUGCUUUUGAUGGUUACAUUAAUGUACAAGAAGAAAUUGAAAAAUACUUUUCUACUGAAAAAGAAACAGAUUGUAUUGAAUUUCCAUCAAGAAGGAAACACACAAUCAAUGCCAAAUCCCAUUUAUUGAUUGAGCUUAUGUCACUUCCAAAAGAACUUGAAGCAUCAACGAGUUAUGGAGAUAUUACUAAAAUCUGUAAUGUUCCACAAAAUUAUGCAAAAACAGUUUUAUGGGACUUGGAGGAAAUACCAAAAAUGUUAAUAAUAAGAACCAAAAAAUACUAUUUAAGAAGUGCAAUCGUAUUUGUAAGUGGGGGUCGCUCUGGUUUAAGAGUAUCCACUGGACAUUAUAAGUAAAUGGUAC